AUGUCAACCAGCCAAAGCAACCGACAAGCUUCUGAAUUCCGGACAAUAUUGUCCCGCAUCAACGAGAUAAAAACUUCUCUUCAAGGAAGCGAUCGAGAGGAAGUGUCGAAGAAGUUGGACGAAAUGAACGACUCUUUGCGUAUCAUUGAAGGCAAUCAGGCCGAUUUCUCAGAUGCCAUGUUUAAAGCGGUGGAAAGGAUGCAGAAGAGCGUGGAAGACGGUUUUAAAGCUCUAGAAUCCAGAAUCGUUGCCCUAGAGGCGAGAUUAACCAGUCCACUGACUAGCUAAUACCGAAGUGUGACGAAUCGUUGAUUUGUUAAGCUAUUCUGAAAGAACCCAAAAAGGCAAGCAAAUUGUCUCUGAGAUAUUUGCUCCGAUGACCAGUCCACCUGGUUCCUAAUCUGAACCAAGCUAAAUUUAGAAGGAUUUGUAUGGAAUCGUCCGCGCUUACGUCACCUACAAGGCUCGCUAUUAAGGAAAAGAAAAAUCACCCGGCACCCUGAUUUGUCGGUAAGUGAAGAACCUCAAUCGAAGUGUACUCUUUGUUUAUGGUAUAGUAUGAAUUUCAAACAUAACUGUUAAGUCCUUUUAUCAAAACGGACGCUAGAUCGGUUGGAUGCUGCACUUUUCCUUUCAAAAUUCCCGCGGUCGAAGUCAUUUUUCACACGACCUUUCACACCUCUAGGUUGGGUCGGUUAUGGAAUGGGCAUUAUUUAUAUUUUAGUGAAAACAAUUUGGAAUGUUUUACGGCAAGAUUUCCUUGUUUUGACGCAAUUGAUAUCAAUUUGAUAGCAUGAUUUGUUUUGAAUAGAAGGGCUCAGAUUUUUUCUCUAAAAAGGCCGACAAAAUUUGAACUUAUUACUUACACUCAAAGGUGCCGACAAAAAAUUAAACCCGUCGGAUUUACCUUUUCAAAGGGCACCGACAUAAAUUCCUUUCCAUCCUACAUGUAGGAUAAAAAUUCCAUUUAAUAUCUGCACUCCCCCUCCCCUCAAUCCCCCCAAUAUAUGAUACUAUCGGGGGGUGGGGACUUUGGUAGUUAUUUCUCAGGAGGUUGUUGCAUCAGCACCUUUAACCUUCUGGGCCGAGUUGUUCAAUGCUGGGUUAAGAUAACCCCUGGGUCAGUGUGACAUUUGAAUUCAGAUUUGCAAGCUUAAAAAGUAUUUCAGAUUUAAUUAUUUUUAUAUACAAGUUGAUGAUUGGAAGCUCUAAAAAGAACAGAGAAAAUUAUCUGAGAAAAUGCUUUGGAACACAAGAAAAAGAAACCCAGGUUAACUUUAACCGCAUGUUAAGCGCUAAUCGGCCUUCGAACAUGUGGGCCUGGGAAUAUUUCUGAGGGAUAUGGCAAAAAAUAUUCUUCACUACACUACACACUAUUCAGGUACGGAUCUAGGAUAAACAAUGACAGAUUUCCUGAACAAGCACCGAAAGAGCAAGCUGUUAAGGGCAUGCUCCCCAGGGAAAUUUUUUUGGAUUUUGGGGUUUCUGAGUUAUUCGCACAAUAAUUAUAUUUACUGACUGCAUGUGCAAACUAUUUUCAACCUGGAAAGCUUUCCAUUUUUUUUGUUUUUUAAUUUAUUAUGAAAAAUCUGACCAAUGUGGAUCCAUGGCAAAUUUCGUGCAGUGCUUAUCAGCCCAUGGUUACUCAUUUGGUCCUCAUUUUACUAGGCUCAUACAGACAAAAGUUCUGACGUUAGUUAAGUUAAGCUUACCAGUUUGUAUGUGUGUGUGUUUUUUUUUUACUUUUGCAAAUUGAUUCACAGCAUUACGUCAGAUCAAAGAUGGACCAGUUGGGACUCUCGUGGGAUGUGGACAAGAAGUAAGUCCAUACCUAGCCUUGAUACUGUUUGACCUAGAUCUACAGGACCUAUAAUUUCUGAUAUAUUAUUAUGUUUUCUUAUAGAGGAGUAAAAUGCCCAUUCAACUUUACUAUUUCCUAUAAAACUAGGAAAUUUAUUUUGAAAACAGGAAAACGUUGAAUCAAACAGGUUCAUAUGCUCACGAAAAUUGGUUGUGGAACAUGUAUAUAAGGUGAUCUUUGAUUAGAUUUCCUGUCCAGUUUUAAAGUCUUACCAAUGUAACGUCCCAAAUUGUGCCAUGUGCUUGUUCACUAAAUUAGAUGAGACAGCCUUAUUGCCAGCUUUUAGAAGAAGAGGUUAGAGUGCUAAAUUACAGUUCUAAGUGACUGUGCUGUUCAACAUCCACAAACAUUAAUUAUUUUUGUUUUAUUAACUGAGUCAACAAGGUAAAUAUACCACAGCACAAUAACAGUUUGUGGCAAAAGUAUUGUCCAAUAGUGUUGGGCUAGUACAGCAACCUGCCUGGAUGGCUUGUUUGAAUUUGUUAGGAGUUGUCCUUAAACAGGCAAACAACAUUUGCUAAGAUACCGUAAAAUUCUGAACAUAAGCCCCUCCAAAUAUAAGCCCCCCAAACCGGUAACACAAAAAACCCUCCGUCAAAUCACCCCUCCAAAUAUAAGCCCCCUGAGGGCUUGUACUUGGAAAAUUGCCCUCAAAUACAAAGUAAAACAAAGCAAAAACGGUAAAUUUACGUCCAACUAUAAGGCUAGCCCAAUUGAUUUUGAAAUGCAAAUUUCCUUCCUUAGAUAAGCCCCUCUGAAUAUAAGCCCCUCAAAAAGGGCCUUUGAAAAAUAUAAGCCCAGGGGCUUAUUUUUGGUUAUUUUACGGUAAAGUAAAUGUUAGUGUAAAAUGGGGUUAAUAAUUAAUGACCAUGGCUUUUGAAUCUUUUUCAGGGUGAGAUUGUAAUAUUUUUUAUAUAAAAAGUAUGGUUACUAGCCCAGAACAGUGGUGCAGGUUAGUAUCUUGACCUGCACCACUGUUCUGGGCUAUUAACCAUACUUUUUAUAUAAAAAUUAUUACAAUCUCACCCUGAAAAAGAUUCAAAAGCCAUGGUCAUUUGGAGCACUAGCCCUUGGUCUCUAAUGAAAGCAGGCAUGUACAAAAUUAAUGCAGACCAUGUAGACUGCAGACCAUGCAGACUGAGGAUUUUUUAAAAUUUAUAUAUCAUUUUCAUCUAUUUAUUUCUUCUUAUCAUUACUUUUUCACCUAAUUUUUCUCUCUUGACAUUAAAUAGUCAGUCUUAUUACCUUUAAGCCGGUUUGCCACAUUUUAACAUGACCGGAUGAAGUGACUUGAUUAACUCAGUUGAAAACACCAGCAAAAUGGAUAAUUUUAGAGCUUUUUACAAUAUUUGCUUUAUUUGAAUUUUGUAGAGAAAAUGAGGCUCCCAACCAUACCAUAUCAACUACACUACUGAAAGAGGUGCAAGAAAUUGAACAAAUUAAAAAUGAUUCAACAUGUACCGAGAGACGAGUUCUUGGUAAGUUAAUAUGGUUGUAAAGUGAAAUGCUUCGUACAUGUAUAAUAUACAUUUACCAUUAAUGAUAAUACCGUUCACAUACCUCAUUUGAACAAUCCCCUGCCCCUUUUUUUCUUAUUUCUCUUAGUUAAACCCUAAAUUCCCUUAAAUUUAUUUUAGGGAUAAACUAUGGGGAUUGUUUGUCAAGAUUUUUUUCUUUAUUGAGCAGAAAUGGCCCUACGAGCUGCAAAUAACAGUCCUUAACAGUCAUGGACAAUGUGCAAGCAUAUAAGAUACUUAGUGAUAAACCAGGAAUAUCUUAAUAAUGCAGAUGAAACUUUAAGACAGUGUACUAAGUCAAGGCAUAAAAAAUGCAGUGAAACCUGUAAAAAGUGCAGGAUCCCAAAUUUAAAAACAGACACCCAUCUCUAUUAGAUGGACACAAGCAUCAUUGAGCUCCACCUAUUCUCCCCUUAUACAGGUUUUACUGUAUCAUACAUGCAGGGAACAAAGAAAUAUGAUUUUGUUGAAAUAUCCUCACUAGCUAGUCUAGUGAUGUGUACAGGGGAGAAAAUAAGAUAGCAAAGGAACACUUAAUGAUAUUUUUGCCGGUUUAAAUGGGUGACAUGGUAGGUAAUAAUUCUAUCAGGAAAAGCAAUUAUCUUAGACUUGAGAAAACUCCUGUACAAAAGGUUCGAAAAAUUGAACUUAUGGUAAUGCUCAUAAUAAAUUAUUAUGCAGAUUAAUUGUCCUUUUUUUGUUAGAUGCCAUUUCACAAAACUUGGCCUCGAGCAAGAAGCGAAAAAGACAGGAGGAGAAGGGGACAUAUGAGCAGUACCAACAGGAGCAGAAAAGAAGGCAAAGAAUUAAGAGGGUGAGGUUCUCUGUCAUGUUAUUAAAAACUUUUGAAUCAAAAUUUUGAGUAUUCAGAUGGUAAUUGUUUUAAUUGACCAAGAAGGUAUACUGUACAUCCUUCGCUGUUAGGACUGGAAUAGAGGGGAGUAAAGUUUGUAAUAUUAUACGGCUUCUAUUUGUAAGUGUGUGAUGUGUGUUUCUUUCUAUGUAAUUCAUUUUCCAAAAGAUUAACUGAUUGUUACCCUACUACAGGGUUGUCACUAACAUUUCAAGUUGCUGGGUAAAUACAACAAGUAGGUGGGGAAUCAAACGGCUAAGGAUUUCUUUUGGUUCUAUUUUUCUUCUAUUUUCCAAAAAAAUAAAAGUAGCCGGGGGCCACUCUCUUAAUUAGUAGCCGGGGAAAAUCCCCGGCCCCCGGCUCUUAAUGACAACCCUGCUAGUAGUCAUAAGCUGUUUCAGAGUCCUAACCGAACGCAACUACAUAAGUUUAAGAGCAACAACUAACAUCAUUAUCUCUCGCUCAGUGUUAAUUUUUUACAACAGUGUUGGGGUUCAGAUAAUCAGUAUAAAAAGUAGCUUUUGAGUUACCAUGUGAUGUUUUAUGCAAAAAAUUAGCUGAAUUACUGAGUUUUUUUUUUCUCUCUCUCUCUCUCUUGUAUGUAGAAGCUUGAUAAAAGAUUGAAAGCCGUCACUGAGGAGGAAAGGGAUGGUGACCUGUUUUCAGCCCUUCAUGUAAGCCUUGUGUCUUCAGAGGAGUCUGACACGGAAGAUAAUUCCUUGAGAACCAGGCCUCUGUCUUGGAGAACAGAGAAUGUCAACAACUUUUUUAAACUUUUGGAUGGAAGAGCAAAGGCAGCAAUGACCUCCCAACAAAGGAGACAAUCAGUUAGUCGAAGACAAGGUGUUGCCAGUGGAAGAGGGACAGACACUGUCCCAGAACAUUUGAAAUGGGCUGUGUGCGAUUCCCCAUAA